AUGGAGACACUCAACCAUCAUGAUCACUUCCAUCACCAUAACGACACAGCUCCAGAGAAGCUGGCAGUCAUCCGCUUGAACAGCAACGGUCUCGAUGAUGACCUUAUCUCAAACGCAGGAACCGUCGAUAUUACCCGUGGCUCUGGGAUUGCUCGGUCUGCAUCUCUCCGUUCCUACCGGCGUCAGAGUUCUCUCCUGCGAAGUUCGUCACGGAUGGAAUCAUCGUCUUAUUUUAAACACUCAGCGGAGCUUACUGCCCAGGCUGAGAGCAAGUUCAUGGUAUUGAUGGAAGUGAUGGCUACCGCUUCUAAGGAGGCUUCCUCACUCAAGGCCAUUUGGGAAAGUAUGAAACAUGAACGAGAGUUGUUGCUCGAGAAGCACGAGGCGUUGGUUUCUCAGACUACUGAUCUGACUGCUGAGCUGAGAACUCGUGAGGAUGAGAGAUCACGCUCAAACACCGACGUGGUUGACUGGAAGCGGAAGGUUGAGAAGCUCUUGAUUGACCUUGCCACAUCCCAUGAGAGUACGGCUGCCGAGAAGAAACACGUUCAGGAGCGUGAGAAAGACCUCGAAAAAAUCCGCGUUGAACUUCGCGAAGCUCGAGAUAUCGCAUUUCGUAAGGACACUCAGAAUGAGCGUGAACUUGAAACACUUCGGGGCAAGCUGAAGCAUGCCGAACAUGAACGUGAUACGAUUACACAGACUUCUGAGAAGCAACAUCGGGAUCUGAACAGAGCUAUUCGAGAACGAUCUGAAGAGACGAACAAGCUCAAUGAAGUCACAGCCAGCUACGAAGCAACCCAGAAGGAUGUCCACUCCUUGACUAGCCAUCUAAAGACCGUCGAAGCAGAAUGUGCAGCCUCGAACCAAACUGCUGCUCGCUUGCAUGAGGAGCUCAAGCGAGCUAAGCAGAAGAGCGCCGAUGACGCACGUGAGGUUAUCGAGAUUACCGAAAAAUAUCAGAAAGUUGUACGUGAAGCUACAAGAGUGAAAGAGACCUUAGGAGUCAUCGAGCUUGAACGAGACGAACACCUACGCAGCGUCGAGACUCUCCGACGCCAGUUGAAUGCCCAGAAGCUCGACCACGAUGAAUUGACCACCCGUUUCACUAGCCUCUCGCGAGAUUAUGAGGUCAACAAACGCGACAUCAUCGCUGCGCAGGAUAACUUGAAAACAUCCGAGUUAUCUCGCGAUAAACACAUCAAAACUUUGGAGCGCACUCGCGAGUCUUUACAAAGUGUCACCCACCAGCGUGAUGAACUCGCUGAUGAGCAUAACACGGUAAUCAAACGCCUAGAAGAGCAGAAGCACCACUCUAGCCGAGCUAGUGAGGGCCUAACAAAGGCAGAGGAUAAGAUAUCCGAGCUUAAGGUUGAGAUUAGUGCCGUGAAUGAAAAAUUCGUUCACCUCCAACACGAACGCGAUGACGCAUAUAGCAAGAGCAAGCAUCACUUGACAGAAAUUAGUCAGCUGCGUGAGCGUAUCGCCAGCCUCGAGCACCAGAAACGAGAUGCUAUUGAGUCUCGCACAAGCAUCAGUGCUGAGCUCGAAAAGCUACGUACUGAAUACAGUCAGAUUACGGAGACCAUCACCUCCUUCCAUGACGACUCUGAUGAUAUGGAGCUGGAGAUCCAGAACCUCAGAGCGCUCGCUCAUGAGGCUCAAGAAGAGCGUGAACGAGCCGUCAGUGCCCGUGAAUCAGCGGAUCGAGAGCGAGACACUUACAUUUCGAGCGAUCUCUCCAUGAGCUCAAUCAGGCAACCAUCUGGACUGAUUGCCAAUAAAGGCAUAGAGCUUCUUACUGCAGGCACUCCAAAUGGAUUCAAAAUUUCCAUCUUGCUCGAGGAGCUGAGGGAAGCCUAUGGCAGGGAAUAUCAGUGUCAGAACAUCGACAUAUUUCGGAACAACGAUCACAAGGAGGCUUGGUUUAUCGAGUACGGUCCGAAUGGACGCAUUCCAGUCAUCAUCGACCAUGACAAAGGCGGCUUUGCUGUCAUGGAGACUUUGGCCAUCAUGAAUUACCUCACUUGUCACUACGAUCCAGAGCACAAGUUCUCCUUCGAAGAUUCGCUGGAUACUUCCACCGCAGAGCAAUGGUUAGCAUGGCAACAUGCCGGUCUUGGACCAAUGCAAUCCCAGGCCAACUUCUACUAUAGAUUUUGUCCAGAAAGGCACCUUUUUUCCACCCAGCGCUUCUUUGGAGAAACCGAACGACUCUUUGGUGUCCUCGAUGCUCGUCUUUCACAGCGUGACUACCUUGCUGGAUCCGGGCGUGGACGAUAUAGUAUAGCUGAUAUAGCUUGCUGGCCAUUCAUUGAUUCAUGUUUUGUCACUGGCAUUGAUGUACAAAAAUUCCAGAAUGUACAUGCGUGGUGGGAGCGAAUAGAAGAUCGACCAGCAGUGAAAAGAGGGAUGAAAAUCCCGAGCGGACAGGAAUUCCCUUACGGCAUCAAAGCGAUCAGGAAAUAUGCUGGCGUUGACGCAGAAGCUCUGAAGCAGAACGAAACGUCCUUGAAGCAGGCUCUAGCAGAAGCACAGGAGAAGUACAAUUAUGUUUAUCGAAGUCCUUAG